UGGACGACGUGGGCGGGGUGCGGGCGCGAGGCGCGAAGCCGCGAACAAUAGCGGAGCACCGCGCAGCACCGUGAGGCACCGGGCAGCACCGCGGAGCGAGCGAGGUUUCUGAACGCGGGUCUGGCCGGCAGUACCUCACGUUAGGACCUGCCGAAGGCUUCUCAGGGAAUUCCCAGGGAUGGCGAAGAUGACCUUGUCGACGGUGUCCUUGGCUCUGGCCUUCGGCGUGCUGGCGCUCGCCGCCGCCGCCUCAGCACACGACCCCGGCGAGGUCCAAUGUGCGGACGAGACGGCCCGGACCGUCAUCUCCACCAUGGGCGGGCGCAGCCGCAUCAUGACGCUCCUCAUGAACUACAUCAAGUGCCUGCAGCGGUCCUCCAACGAGCUGUACAAGCUGUGCAACGAGAUCCUGGUGGAGAUGGCCAACUGCACCAGCAAGCACGACAUCUUCGACGUCAUCAAGUGCAUGUCGAUGGAGACGCCCGCCAAGAAGAUCAGCGCCAUGGUGAUCAAGACGAUGGAUGUCUUCAAAUGCGCUCUGGAAUAAGAAGGCCCUUUGUUUUGAA